UAACUCGGAAAAACAUCUGCGCACAUUGCCAAGAAUGAAAUGUCUCUGUUCAUAACCUGAUUAAGUAGUGAGAUAACCUGCUGGGCCCAACAGAACCACUAAAAGAACAUCAAAUCCUGUGUCAAGUUUUAGUUAACAGUUUCAGCAACAUUUGCUCAAAGGGCCGAAUUCUUCCUGAAAACUUUGGCCAGAGACAUCUUCUGACCCACGAAGCACCUGAAACAGGAGGGGUUGAUAUCAAACACCAAGGAGGCACAGGUCAAUGUUCUCACAUUCAUUCUGAGGAACUGAAUGAGACAAGAACAUCUGAGAAUCCCAACUGUCUCUUCUGGAAACAGUAAAACACACAGCUGCAGCUGCAGGGAAACAGGAGAACGUGGUGGUGUUUGCAUGUUUGUGUCGUCAAGCAGCAGCGUGCAGACACACAGACUCGUCUGUUGAUGGUCACUGUUUUAUUACCUCAUAUGCAUCACAUGUUUGCAGGCUGGAUUUAGAUGGUUGGCCUUGCAAACACGUCAAACACCUUAAAAACGUCACCUUUUGUCACAUUACAACUUUAAACUUCCCUCUGCUCUGAGACCCCUAAAUAAACCCAGCGCUACGAUAACCUCUAGAAUUUUGUUAGAGAACAUUAGAGAACCAGCAUCAUGAAGACUAAGGAACACAGCAGACAGGUCUGGGAGGAAGAUCUGGUUCAUUUUCAACCAACGUUAGGUGCUAAAACAACAUCCCAAGUUUUGAACAUCUCACAGAGCUCUGUUCAAUCCAUUGUUUGAACACGGAGAGAAGAUGCACCAACUGCAGACUUGCCAAGACAUGGAUGUCCACCUAAACUUACAGGCUGGGCAUUUACUUCACAAGUCUGGCCUUUCUAAAAGAAGAGCAAAAAUAACUGCCACAAGAGUUUCUGUUUGCAGUUUUCAAUAAGCCAUCUAGGAGACACGGUGUUCAGAUCAGAGGAGACCAACACUGAACUAUCUGGCCUACAUUCAGAAUGUGUGAUGGAAAAUACCCUCUCCCUAUGAUAAAACAUGGUGGUGGCAGCAUCAUGCCGUGGAGCAGAGAAGCUGGUCAGAGUUGAUGGGAAGGUGGAGCUAAAUCCAGGACAAUCCUGGAAGAAAACCAGUUAGAGGCUGCAGAAGACCUGAGACUUCCAGCAGGACAACCACCCUGAACAUACACCCAGAGACACAGUGGAUAGUUUAGAUUGAAGCACAUGUAUGUGUUGGAAGGCCUAGUCAAAGUCCAGACCGAAAUCCAACUAAGAAUCUAUGGCAGGGCUUGAAAACCGAUGUUCCAGAUGUUCUCCAUUCAGUCUGACUGAGCUUGUGCUUUUUUUUUUUUAUACAAAGAAGAAUGAGCAGAAAUGUCUGUAGAUGUUCAAAGAGAUAAACUCAAAAGACCUGCAGCCAGAGAAGGUUCAACAAAGUUCUGACUCAAAGGGGCUGAAUACAAAUGCACACCACACUUUUCAGAUUUUACAUUGUAAAAAACCUCAAACACCAUGAACCAGUUAUCUCUCAAUUCUUUGUGUGGAUCUGUCCCAAUAAAAUAGGUUAAAGUUUGUGGUUGGAAUGAGAUGACGUGUGGAACGCUGAAGUAGCGGGAAUACUUCUCUGUAACAUUUUAUUCAAAUCUUACGACUGUUGCUUUCUCUCAUCAGCUUCCUCACUCCUUGCUGUCCCUAAACUCUGAUUGGCUGGGAUGACCAACGAGGUGAUCAACACCUGUGACUCCACAGUGGGUGGAGCUCCUUUAGAGGAAGCAGCAUCUUUUCAGGUGUUUCCAGACCCUAAGGAACGUGCUCCAAAACUUUCCAAACGCCUCCCUUCCAUCGUGGUGGAGCCCACAGAGGCAGAUGACGUGGAAAGUGGAGAGCUCCGCUGGCCUCCAGAUGAUGUAGGCGAUGGUGUCACACAGCGGCAUCAGCAGGUGACAGGCCAAUCCAUGGAGGGGGCGGACCCACAGGAGCUGGUGAUGGGCGGAGUCUAACAUCAACAAUCAGUGGACUCAUGAUGAUAAUAACUAAUGAAAAAUACCUUUGAAUGUAUUCAUUUUAUUUUUAUUGGUGUUUAAAGAAGAAUCAUCUGUUUGCUCCAAAUGGUUUUUUCCACAGAUCAAUAAAUCAGGGUUUUAUGUGCCUUUCUUUUGAAAUACCAAAGCUAAAACAAACCCUUAAAUUACAUUAUAAAAUGUUCAAGCGGUAAAGAUUUUUAAUAAUAUCCUGUAAUAUACUCCUUUGAAUUCUUCAGACCAAACCUCUCUUGGUUUCUGAAAGGUUCUGGUCUCCUUUCAGAACAUCUGUCGUUUCCAUAUCCAUU